UUGCUGACAAGGCUGCCUACUUAAUGGGUCUGAACUCAGCUGAUCUGCUGAAGGCCCUCUGCUACCCCCGAGUCAAGGUUGGCAAUGAAUUUGUGACCAAGGGACAAACUGUGCAGCAGGUAUACAAUUCAGUGGGUGCUUUGGCAAAGGCUGUCUUUGAGAAGAUGUUCUUGUGGAUGGUUAUUCGCAUCAACCAACAGCUGGAUACCAAGCAGCCCAGACAGUACUUCAUUGGUGUCCUGGACAUCGCUGGCUUUGAGAUCUUUGAUUUCAACAGCCUGGAGCAGCUGUGCAUCAACUUCACCAAUGAGAAACUGCAACAGUUCUUCAACCACCACAUGUUCGUGCUGGAGCAAGAGGAGUACAAGAAGGAAGGGAUUGAAUGGGAGUUCAUUGACUUUGGGAUGGACCUGGCUGCCUGCAUUGAGCUCAUUGAGAAGCCCAUGGGCAUUUUCUCCAUCCUGGAAGAGGAGUGCAUGUUCCCCAAGGCAACUGACACCUCUUUCAAGAACAAGCUCUAUGACCAGCAUCUGGGCAAGUCAAACAACUUCCAGAAGCCCAAGCCUGCCAAAGGCAAGGCUGAGGCCCACUUCUCCCUGGUGCACUAUGCUGGCACAGUAGACUACAAUAUCUCUGGUUGGCUUGACAAGAACAAGGAUCCUUUGAAUGAAACUGUUGUGGGUCUGUACCAGAAAUCAUCCUUGAAGACACUGGCCUUACUCUUUGCUGCUGCUGCAGGAGAGGCAGAGGGUGGUGGUGGUGGCAAGAAGGGAGGCAAGAAGAAGGGUUCUUCAUUUCAGACUGUAUCAGCUCUUUUCAGGGAGAACCUAAACAAGCUCAUGACCAAUCUAAGGAGCACUCAUCCCCAUUUUGUGCGCUGUAUCAUCCCCAAUGAAACAAAAACACCUGGUGCUAUGGAGCAUGAACUGGUACUACACCAGCUGCGCUGUAACGGCGUGCUGGAAGGGAUAAGAAUUUGCAGGAAGGGAUUCCCCAGCAGAAUCCUCUAUGCAGACUUUAAACAGAG